UUAUUUAUACUGCCUUUCCCUUAAUUGAAUUUAACUCACAAAUAUCAAAAGCAAUCAUCCACUGCUUCAAUGAACAACAAAUUUGAGUUAGUCUUCAUUCCUGCACCAGGCGUCGGCCACCUUGUCUCCAUCAUGGAGCUGGCCAAGCUUCUCAUCCACCGCCACCACCGCCUCUCCAUCACCGUCCUCGUCAUGAAAGUACCGUCAGACUCUAAAAGUAAUGCCUAUCUCGACUCACUCUCUGUCGAUAAACGUAUCAACAUUGUUUAUCUCCCCAACGAUGACCUUCAACGAUUCAAACCCAUGCGCGUCAUCCCUUCUUUCAUUGAAUUGCAUAAACCCCUCGUCAAAGAAGCUGUCUCUGAGCUUGUUCUCUCCAAGUCAGCCUCCGAUGACUCACCUAAACUCGUUGGGUUUGUUCUUGACAUGUUUUGCACAAGCAUGAUUGAUGUUGCUGAUGAGUUUGGAGUUCCAAGCUAUAUUUUCUUUACAACGGGUGCAGCUUUACUGGGUUUGAUGCUUCACUUGCAGGCUCUUCAUGAUGAGCAGAACAAACAAACUGUUGAUUUGAAAGACUCGGAUUCUGAAUUGGAAGUACCGAGUCUCGUCAACAAACUUCCUGCUAAGCUUUUGCCUUCUGUGUACUUCGAGGAAGAAUGGUCUAUGGCUAUGUUUGAGCUAGCGAGGGGGUUCCGAAGAGUAAAAGGUAUUGUUGUAAAUUCGUUUGUGGAGCUGGAAUCUUUUGCCGUCAAGUCUUUGUCUAGUGGUGAAGACAACAUCCCACCCGUUUAUCCUGUGGGGCCCAUUUUGAAUCUUGAUGGUAAUAGCAUCGAUUUGGAGUCAACUGAGUCCAAAACAAAAGCAGAAAUCAUCAAGUGGCUUGAUGAUCAACCACUGUCAUCGGUUGUGUUUUUAUGCUUCGGGAGCCAGGGAAGCUUUGAGGAGGAUCAGGUGAAAGAGAUUGCGUACGCGCUUGAACAGAGUGGGCAUCGGUUCUUGUGGUCUCUUCGUCAACCUCCAUCCAAGGGCCAGUUUGCUUCUCCAAGUGACUACACUAAUCUAACAGACGUGUUACCGAAAGGGUUUCUUGAACGAACAGUCGGGGUUGGAAAAGUAAUCGGGUGGGCGCCACAAGUGUCGGUGUUAGCCCACAAGGCGAUCGGAGGGUUCGUGUCGCAUUGUGGAUGGAAUUCAACACUGGAGAGCAUAUGGUUUGGAGUUGCCAUUGCCACAUGGCCUAUGUAUGCAGAGCAACAAUUCAAUGCGUUUAAGUUGGUGAUUGAGUUAGGAUCAGCUGUUGAAAUUAAAAUAGAUUAUAGUAAGGAGUUGUCGACGGAGAAUCAAAUAGUGUUAAGGGCAGGAGAGAUAGAGAGAGGGAUUAGGAAAUUGAUGACGGAUGAUAAUAAGAUAAGGGAAAGAGUGAAGGAGAUGCGCGAAAAGAGUAGAAAAGCUAUGAUGGAUGGUGGAUCUUCAUUUACUUCAUUGGGUUGCUUCAUUGAUGAUGUUAUGAGCAAUUUGUCAUAAAGUUUGGACUAGAACUAGAACAAGGAUCAAAUUUUACAAGAAUAAAUUGAUUUUGGGUAGAAAAGCACUCUUUAUAUCAAUUAGGGGUGAAAAGUCUUUUUGACUAAACCUUAGGUGGGGUAUGUAAUUUUACUUUUUUAAUAAUAAUAAUAAUAAUUAAACUGUUAUAUACGGAGAAUUUUUCCACCACAUGAAUUUGACUUUACCCAAAAGCUAAUGUGAAGGCAUUAAAUGCCUUGAAAAAUUGGCUUUGAAAAUAGAGAUUUUUGUUGACUGAAGGGACGAUAAAAUUUCCUGUAAAUACCCCCUCUCCUCUCUCCAUGUAAGAUAUAUGUACUUCUUCACUUAAAGCUUUCUUGCUUCUUCUUUUUACUUCUUGUCAUCAUUUCCAAAGCCUACCUUCUAUUCCAUAAAAUUUAGUUAUA